UGGGCGGCGGGCGUGGGAGGCGGGGCCGGCGGGCUAGGUGCGCGGCUCAGUGGGCUGCGGGGCUUGCGUGCGCCGAGAUGAGGAAGGUAGUCCUGGUCACCGGGGCGAGCAGCGGCGUGGGCCAAGCGCUGUGCCAGCGGUUGCUGGCGGAGGACGCCGCGCUGCACCUGUGCUUGGCGUGCCGGAACCGGGGCCGGGCCGAGGCCACGCGCGCCGCGCUGCUGGCCGCCCGGCCCUCCGCGCAGGUGAGCACCGUGCAGGUGGACGUCUCCGACCUGCACUCCGUGCUGCGGGCCGCCAGGGAGCUCAGGCGCAGGUUCCAGAGGCUAGACUAUGUGUACCUGAACGCUGGCAUCAUGCCCAGCCCGCACCUCAACCUCCGCGCGCUGCUCUCCAGUCUCUUCUCCAGAAAGGUGAUCCAGGUGUUCUCCACCGCGGAGGGACUGCUGACGCAGGACGACAGGGUCACUGCCCACGGGCUCCAGGAGGUCUUUGUCACCAAUGUCUUUGGCCACUUUGUCCUGGUCCGGGAGCUGGCCCCCCUCCUUGGCCGCGGUGACAGCCCGUCCCGGCUCAUCUGGACGUCAUCCCGCAGCGCCCGGAGGGCCAACUUCAGCCUGGAGGACUUCCAGCACAGCCGGGGCCGCGAGCCCUACAGCUCCUCCAAGUACGCGCUGGACCUCCUGAGCGUGGCCUUGAACAGGAACUUCAACCAGCGGGGCCUGUUCUCCAGUGUGGCGUGCCCGGGGACCAUGCUGACCAACCUGACCUACGGAAUCCUGCCCCGCUUCGUGUGGACACUGUUGAUGCCAAUCAUAUGGCUGCUCCGCUUCUUUGCAAACGCUUUCACCUUGACGCCGUACAACGGAGCUGAGGCCCUGGUGUGGCUCUUCCACCAGAAGCCCGAGUCCCUCAACCCUCUGACCAAGUACCUGAGCGCCACCACCGGCUUCGGGAGAAACUACGUGACGACGGAGAAGAUGGACCUCGACGAAGACACUGCUGAGAAGUUUUACCGUCGCCUCGUGGAGCUGGAGAGGCGCCUGCGGGCCACCCUCCUGAGCGCCGACUAGCUGAGCUGCCGUGCUCCGUGCUGGGCUCCUGGCCCGGGGGAGUGUCGUCUGUGGUGAAGGGAACUCUCCGUCUCCCUUCCGUCCCCCGUUCUCUGCAAGCUGUGCGUGCUCAAGGAAAAGGUUCCAGGUGACAGUCACCUGGCUGUUCUCCAGGAUGGUGGCCCACCCAGCUGAGCCCCAGCCAGGCUCCGGGCCAGGCCUGGCCUUGAGCCGACGCGGGCACACAGGUCCUCCUGGCGGGAGACACGGCCACUCAGAGUGACAAGCUCGGCUGUGCCCUUUGUCCUGGGAGCAUCUUCCUUAAUUCUCCCCCGCUCCUACCGGGCCGGGCUCCGCCUGGCCUCCCCUCAGGUGCUGCGUGGCUGUCGCCGUGUGCCGGGGCCACCUAAGUUAUUUCUUACAGUUUUUUUAAAUUAAAGAUGACAAUUAA